CAGCUGGGCUGAGAAGAGAGAGGGGGGAUGGCCAUGUUCCGGGGCGCCCCUCCCUCCCCCCUCUUCUUUCUGCUGGGCUGCGCGGCCUUCCUGGCGGGGAGGGGGUCCGGCUCCUCCUCCUCCUCCUCCCAUUCCAAGCGCUUUUUCUACACUGGUGUCUCUGAGCCUGGCCAGCCGAUGUCCCAGUUUUACGCCGUGGGCUACGUGGACGACCAGCCGUUUGUUCAGUACAAUUCCAGCACAAAGAGAUAUCUUCCGACCGUCCCCUGGGCCAGAGAAGUGGACAAGGAGGACCCUGAGUACUGGGAACAGGGCAGCCAGCGUAUCCAGACUUCUGAGCUGAGGUUCCAAGUGGACCUGGCGAAUGCGGCCAAGUCCUACAACCAGACCAGAGGGACUCACACUUUGCAGUGGAUGUACGGCUGUGAGCUGAGGAGAGACGGGAGCAAAGGAGGGCACUUCCAGAGCGCCUACGACGGGAGGGACUACAUCAGCUUUGACAAGGAGACCCUCACCUGGAUGGCAGCCGAUGUCCCAGCCCAGAUCACCAAAAGGAAUUUGGAGGCUGAUCCUGCCCUUGCCCAGUUUGCUAAGGCCUACCUGGAGGAGGAGUGCAUUGAGUGGCUGCGGAGAUUCCUGGAGUAUGGGAAGGAGACCCUGCUGAGGACAGAGGUGCCAGAAGUGAAGGUGGCACGCAAGGUGGACUAUGAUGGCAUGGAGACCUUGAUCUGCCACGUGGGGGGCUUCUACCCCAAGGAGAUUGACAUCACCUGGACAAAGGAUGGGGAGGUCUGGAUGGAGGAUACCUACCAUGGCCUGGUGUCCCCCAACUCGGAUGGGACGUACUACACCUGGUGGAGCGUCACGGUGGACCCCGUGGAGAGGGAACGCUACAGAUGCCACGUGGAGCACGAUGGGCUUCUGAAACCUGUGGAUGUGGCCUGGGAGGAGCCUGCCUCCAACCUGUGGGUGAUCAUUGUGUGUGUCGUCGUGGGUGUUCUCGUUGUCCUCCUGGCCGUUGGGAUUUCUGUGUAUUGCAAAAAACGACAAAACGGUUACAAAGCAGCUUCAGUUAGUGACCAAGGGUCCAACAGCUCUGGGACAGAGUCUGCUGUGCCCAUCUAGGAAUCCCACGGCAAGUGUGACCAGCAGAUCUACUAGAGAAGAGAAGAGAAGAGGGAAAAGAGUACAUCCAUUUGAAGAUUUCUUCACUCUCUUUCACUGACUUGUUGCCUGUUCAGAUUUUCAGAAUAUUUCAAAUUAGAGGGAGUAAUUGAAAACACCUUGAGGCAUUUUGCUUUUUUGACAGGAAUAGAGUGCUUUAGAAUUAAUUGGCAAUUAAAAGGAUGAGCUUAGGCUUUGCAUCUGAUUUUAAAAAUCCUCAUUGAUACUAUGUUCAAAUUAAAUCGAUGUGCUACUCAUAAGAGAAAAACAAUAAGUGUGGAAUAAAUAUACUUUGCCUGCACUCCUGUUAGUAACUUAUGCAACACAAGCACAUGUGUCUUUUUGGUGAAGGGCAUUAGGAGGCUAUUCCCUGUCCCUUUGUGAUGCACCCAAAACCUGUCCAGCUUUUUGGGACCACUACUGCUCUUUCUUACUGGCAGAACAAGAAGGGAAGUCCAGAGGCCCCUUCCACACAGCUGAAUAAAAUCCCACAUUACUGGUGUUGAACUGGAAUAUAUGGCACUGUGGACUCAGAUAACCCAGGUCUAAGCAGAUAUUUUCUGCCUCGAUAUUCUGGGUUAUAUGGCUGUGUGGAAGGGCCCUGAGCUGCAAGAGGAAGGGAAAGGCGCACUGCUUCAUCUUGGAAAGCGCUCCCUUCCCCUGCUUCAUCUUCCUCUGAAUUGUUGGGCCAGAAAACAUCCAUACCUGCAGUUCUCCCUUUGCUUGACAUCUUUCUGCAUAGAAUCAUAGAAUCAAAGAGUUGGAAGAGACCUCAUGGGCCAUCCAGUCCAACCCCCUGCCAAGAAGCAGGAAUAUUGCAUUCAAACUCCAAGUCGCUUCUGGUGUGAGAGAAUUGGUCGUCUGCAAGGAUGUUGCCCAGGGGACACCUGGAUGUUUGUUUACCAUCCUUGUGGGAAGCUUCUCUCAUGUCCCUGCAUGGGGAGCUGGAGCUGACAGAAGGAUCUCAACCCACUCUCCCCGGAUUUGAACCACUGACCUGUCAGUCAUCAGUCCUGCCAGCACAAGGGUUUAACAUCCAUUGUAGCCAUGAAAGAUCAAAAGUGACUCUUCCGGUUCUGAAUUGCCAGUCUUCCCCUGCCAUCCCCAACAAUGGAGCAUCGUGGAACAGACAAUUCCCUGUCUCCAUUGACUGCAUCCUCACCUGGAUAUCCUUUUCUUCCAUUCAGAAGUACAUUUUUUGGAAAAUAUGAUUGUAUUACUUUGAUUUGCAGCUAUUAAUUGUUUUGGCUUUUGUAAAAUCAAGAAAUGCUUUCAGCUUUUUGGGUGGGGAAGUGGAUUUUCAUAUACACAAACAAGCACUGAAUUUUUUUCACAGCUAAUUGUGCCCCUAAAAAUAAAAGCUAACACCUUUUAAAAAUUGUUAUAUCAUAAUGGUAGUGUGAUCUAGUUUUUUAAAAGUCUGUAAUAAUUUUGUGGGCAAAAAUAAAGAGCUUCCUUCCCUUUU